UAAAGAUUUGGCCACACUAAGCUGUAGUCUGCAUUUUCGCGAUCACCUGUGAAAGACGAAUAAACAACACGUUUAUGUGAUGAGUUCUAUUUUACCGUUUGACGAUGUUGAGUUCAAAGUUGUCACCGCCGAAGACAGUGAGCGUCUCAUGCAGUUUCUGCAUGUGCAUUAUUAUCGCGAAGAGCCGCUAACUAUCGGCUGCCCGCCCCCGGAGCCUGACGCCGAAGACGAGGCCUUCCUGUUGUCCAAUGUGCCGCAUGGCACCUGCCUGAUGGCAUUGUGUGGCGAACGUAUAGUUGGCGCCGCCGUUGCCGGUCCCAAGAUGCCGGACGAGGCCGAGCAUCUGUUCGAAGAGGCCGCUCGCCUGACGGGCACCAAAUGGGGUCGCAUUUUGGGCUUCCUCGCAAUUGUUGAACGCGAUGCGAACGUUUUCCAGCGCUUUAACGUGCCCAAGGCAUUGCAUCUGCAUGCUCUGGGCGUCGACGCAACGCUGCGUGGCCGUCGUAUCGGUGAGCGAAUCGUGUCUGCCCUGGGCAGCCGUGGACGCGAACUCGGUUAUCCGGUGCUGACCACCGAUUGCACCAGCGUCUACUCGGCACGUCUAAUGGAGCGUCUGAACUUUCAAUUGCUCAACACACUGCCCUAUACCAGUUACGUGGAUGUCGCGGGUGUGCAACUCAUCAAGCCGCCUGCCCCACACGAGCAAGUGAAAACCUACGCGCUGCGAUUGUAGCGUGGUCACAUUUUCAUACAUACGCUUGUUAUCGAUAAAGUGUGUUAUCAGCUUAUCGCAGCUAUUAGUAAAUAUGAUUAGUUAUUACACGACUGAUGUGAUUAAUAAUACUUACACAUGUUUCUCUUGAUAUCUUUUUGUGGCAUUUAUGAGCUAAAUUUUUUUGUGGACUGAAUUUAUGGAUAUUCCAAUAUGCAUUUACAACUUACGAUCAACUCUAAAUAAAAUGACAAAUGGAUUAUAACUUAUUAUGG